AUGUCGCCGCAAGAAUCACAAGAGCUCAUUCUUCGACAUGUCUUGCACGACGGAAACGCGCCUUCCGAAAAGGUUCUGAGAGAAUGCGGCGAAGUGGCGAUGAAACUCGAUUAUCUGUCUCUUGCCAUUGAUCUGGCUGGGGCGUACAUUGGAAAUAGCCCAGAUCCGGAGCAGGCCUUGAACCGGUAUCUGACAGACUACGAUAUGCAUCGCGAUGAAUUACUUCGAAUGAAUGAUUUAAAGGGACUACUACCAACCGAGAAGACGGCUUGGACAGUAUGGGAUGCUACUAUUCAAGAGAUCACGGAAGAGAACGGACAGCAGCCUGAUCUACUCUUGACGUCUCUUGCGCAAUUUAGGGGAGCCAUCAUUCAAGAUGAGAUAUUUUGCCUCGCCGCCCUUGGCAUCGCAAGUAUCAACAGGAACCUCACCAACGAGAUACCUGCUGAAAUUCGGCAAUUCUUCAUGGCAGAAGAAGGCAAAUAG